UCUCCCUCCCUUCCCCUUUUUUCACCCCACUGCUCUUCACACUCCAUAUGCAGCCAAUACUAAAUGAACCCUUUCAUCAUCAAUGAUCAAACAAUCCGAAAGUAAAAUUAUAAAACCACAAAAGUUGUAACAAAAGUGAAGCCCCUCCAAGCAAGAACCAGAUUCUCCAAACAUAGGGGGGAAAAAAAUUAAAGAAAGUAAAGGAGAAGAGUCCUAGUCCUUCCUCCUUCUACUUGUAUAAUUCUCUCUAGUUAGCCCAUUAUAUUUCUUUUUUUGAACCCAAAAAAGGUAUGAGGAAAAGAAGCAUGGUAUUAUGCAGCAGUAAGGCUGAGGUUGGCUGAAAUCUUCAAGAAUUCUUCUUUCAAAAAAUUUUAGAGUACUUUGUUGGUUUUGCAGCUUUUUUCUUCCGAAAGUUUGUGGAAGGUUGGAGAGAAUUUUAAGCUUAUCCAAGGGAAAACACUGAUGCUAGAAAUAUGGGAAAGAAAGGGAGUUGGUUUUCAGCCAUCAAGAAAGUUUUCUCAUCCAGCUCCAAGGAGAAGCCUAAUGAUGGAACAGAUAAGAAAAGUUCGAAGGAAAAGAAGAAGGGACGAGGUAAAUUGAAGCAUGGAGAGAACAGAUCAUUAAUUCCCCUCUUCAGGGGACCAAGUAGCAUUGAGCAAAUCCUUGGUGAAGCAGAUGAAUUAUUUAUCAGACCUACUACAUCUUCUGAAAUUCCGAGAACACCACCAGCAUUACCUGUGAGGCCAGUCUCUCCACGAGUCUCUUCACCUAAAGCUGCUUCUCCCAGGGUUACUUCUCCCAGGGCUGCUUCUCCAAAGGUUUCUUCUCCUAGGGCUCCAUCCCAAAGAGUGGCUUCCCCUAGGCCAGCUCCUCCUUGUGCUGCUUCGCCAAGGGGUGCUUCUCCUGUGGUUCCCCAAAUCCGCAGGGAAACCAACUAUGUUUACAGGCCUGAACCUACAUCGAAAAACGUUCACCUUGCAGCCACCAAGAUCCAGGCAGCUUAUAGAGGCUACAUGGCAAGGAGAAGUUUCAGAGCUUUGAGGGGGUUAGUGAGGCUUCAAGGUGUGGUGAGAGGCCAGAAUGUGAAGCGACAGACCAUGAAUGCCAUGAAACAGAUGCAGCUUUUGGUUAGAGUUCAAACGCAAAUUCAGUCACGCAGAAUUCAAAUGUUGGAAAGCCAGGCAAUGCAGCGCCAAUCUUGUAAGAAUGACAAGGAAGCAGAGAGUACACUGAGCAAAUGCACCUUGAACCAGUCUGAGGCAGGUAACAAUGAAGAUUGGGAUGAUAGCUUACUAACUAAAGAGGAAGUUGAAGCAAGGCUCCGGAAGAGAGUAGAGGCAGUCAUCAAGAGAGAGAGAGCUAUGGCCUAUGCAUACUCUCACCAGUUGUGGAAAGCAAAUCCAAGGUCAUCUCAAGCAGCUCUUGACAUCAGAUCCAAUGGGUUCCCAUGGUGGUGGAAUUGGUUAGAACGUCAGCUUCCUCCAGCAAAUCCUUCAGAGAACCAAUCUGUUGCCAAGAAUGUUCAUCUAACACCUCCGAGGCCAAUUUCAGAGUACAAGCGUAGUCCGCGACCUCAAGCAAGCAACUAUAAGCAUCAUAAUUAUGCUUUUGACAAUCAUGAAUCAGUGACACCAAGGUCAUCGAAAUCAGCUGUCCCAGGUAGAGGCAAGCAGUUUCACACUCCAACGAGAACACCACCACCAAACAGCUCAGGUCUUAUGAAAUAUACAAGACCAAGAGCCAGUGCAGCUGAAUCUGCUUUUGAUCUUCCAAUGAAUGAUACUGAUAGUCUUACUAGCUGUCCACCUUUUUCUGUUCCAAAUUACAUGGCACCUACUGUCUCGGCCAAAGCCAAAGUGAGAGCAAGUAGCAAUCCAAAGGAGAGACUUCCUGGUACUCCAGGAAAUGACUCAAAGAGACGAUUUUCGUUUCCUUUGACUCCAAAUAUAGGUUCUUUCAAGUGGAACAAAGCAUCUAGCAAAGAAGCUACUUCUCAGAAGGUACUGGAGAAACAUGAAUCGAUGAGAUCUAUUGGAGACGUAAGUGUGGAAUCAACAGUUUCUAUGCCAGCUAUAGUUGGGAGGAAGCCUUUUAACAGAUUUGUGUGAUUGGUUUUAUUGUCCGUUCUUUGUUUGUUAACAUUCAUAUUAACUUCUUCUUGAGGCUGUUUUCCUUUCAUUUUAUUCAUACGAGUGUACGGGGUGAUGAUAUUCUUCAUUAUAGGAUACUAAUGUACGACAAUAAAGAAACUAUAGGAAAUGAUGGUUUGAAUGUAGAUGAUUUAUCUUGUGAGGGUUA